AUGUCCAUCAUCGAGACCGUCCCCAUCGAUCACGUGCCCGCCGAUCAUGCCCUGCACGUUGCCUUCUUCAAGGAUGUCCAGAACGCCGCCUUCCUGCACUCGCAGCUGCUGGCACGCAAUGCCGACUUCGAGUACGCCCUAGUCGACGCCUCGGUGGCCGUCUCCCGAACCCACAUCCUCGCCGCAGCCUUCAAGGCCGUCACCGCAAAGGUCGAUGGCAGCCUCAAGACCCCCAAUGUCCACUCUGAGCUUGUCGCCUCUCUCAGCUCUGCGAACAACAUUGCCGAAGCAUACCGCCGCUACGGCAUCAGCCCCACGUCCAAAGACGUCAUUGCUGUCAAAAUCGUCUCCCCCACCUCUGCCGAGUCCAAGUCCCAGUCCGCCGAGGAUGUCGAGAAGCACAUGAAGGAACACUUCCAGGGCACGACUGUUCCCUUCACCGACGAGAACAUUGCUACCUCCACAGACUGGGCAAAGGUGCGCAAGUACUACAAGCUGAACGGCCUCCCCUGGCUCGACGCCAUCAAAGACGAGGCGGAGCGUAAGGAGGAGCUAGAGACCCUCGUGCUGGGCGCCAUGGCCUUGCGCACUGCGUAA